AAAGCAAAGCUAUACACUUAAACAAUUUGUAAUAAGGGGGUGAGGGUUUCGCCUUUUGAAAAAUUACGGUAAAUAAAUAAGAUGUUAAUUGAAAACAUUAACCUCAAAAAGUUGCAAUUAAUAAAAAAAAAGAACAAAAACUGACAAACUAACAAGUGAGGGUGUUAAAUGUAUGAGUCAUUAGGAAAAGGAUCUUAAUUCCAUAUUCUUUGCUUAAUUGUCUCAUUUUUAGUUAGGCCCUAAUCUUUCCAUGUCCCACCUUUUCUUUCUCCUCCUUAAAACCAUAUUAUAUACACCCUAUUUAUUAUAUGUUACAUAUUUCUCUUAGGUGAGUUUUUUCCAACAACAAGAGAAAAAAAUGAGAGCUUCACUAAUGACAACAAGAGCUCUCCUCCUUCUUCUUAAUUGUCUUGUAAUAAUAGAACUAAUGACCCAUCUUAUGUUAAUUGAGGUUUGCGGGGCAAAUUCGAUGUCGUCGGACCACCAUUUCCCGGGCGGUCGCGACCGGUUUCUUCAUGAGAAUGAUCAUGACGACGUUAUUAGAAGGAAAAUGCAGGCGUUUAAAGAAUCUCUUUCUUCUCCACCUUCUUCGUUAAUCUCUCCUUCUCCCACCUUCUCUCCCCCGCCGGGUACGACAACGAAUACACGUGUAUUUCACGUGUCGUCGUAUGGGGCCGAUCCAACGGGGAAAGCCGAUAGCACGGAAGCGCUAACAAAGGCGCUUUCGGAUGCGAGCAAUAGCAUAAGCAAUGGGUUUUUGAUGGAAGGGAUUAAUAAUCUUGGUGGUGUAGAGAUUCAUCUUGAUGGUGGGAUUUACUUAAUUAGUCGUCCUCUUCGAUUUUCGACCAUUAACGUUGGCAAUAUUGUGAUGCAUGGAGGAACUUUACGAGCAUCAGAAACUUUUCCAACUGAUCGAUAUCUCAUCGAACUUUCAGCAUCACCCCCUUCUCAAAACAGUAAAGAAACCACAACUUCUUCUUCUUCUUCCACAGACCAAAACCUUAGUGCCUCAUCCUACAGCUUCGAGUACAUAACAUUCAGAGAUCUUAUGUUGGAUUGCAACUAUAAAGGUGGUGGCAUUGCUGUUAUCAAUUCUCUUCGAGUUAGCAUAGACAACUGCUACAUUGUUCAUUUCAUGUCUGAGGGUGUUCGAGUAGAAAGCGGCCACGAAACUCUGAUCCGAAACUCCUUUCUAGGUCAACAUAUCACGGCUGGGAAAGAUCCGGGUGAGAGGAACUUCACAGGUACAGGAAUAACCUUAAUGGGGAACGACAAUGUCGUGAGUGAUGUCGUCAUUUUCUCAGCUAAUACAGGGAUAAUACUUUCCGGGCAAGCUAACCUUCUGUCUGGGGUACAUUGUUAUAACAAAGCAACCGGCUUUGGAGGAACUGGUAUCUAUUUGAAGUUGGCGGGUUUAACCCAAACAAGGAUCGUAAACUCGUAUAUGGAUUAUACCGGGAUUGUUGCAGAAGAUCCGGUACAACUUAUUAUUGCCAACAACUUCUUCCUAGGAGAUGCGUUCAUUUCGUUUAAGUCCGUCAAGGGUGUUGCAAAUGGUGUCAACAUUGUGGACAAUAUUUUUGCAGGGUCCGGAAAUGGAAUUGAUAUUGUACAACUAGAUGGCCCGUUCGGAGAUGUCGAUCAGAUUCUGGUUGAUCGGAAUAGUGUCAAAGGGAUGAAUGCUAAGGCUACCAUUGCAAGGUCGUCAGUUCACGGGAAUGGAAGUACCUACACAGCAGAUUUUAAUGGGGUUCUUUUGUUUCCGAACCUCAUAAAACACGUGCAAUACACGUUAAGUACGAGUGGGAAUACUUUCCCGAAUUAUGCUUUGCGUAAUGUGUCGGAAAAUCGGGUGGUUAUCGAGUCGAAUGUUCCGGCUCCUACAAGUGUUUAUGUCAUGGUUGAUCAAGGAUUUGGAAGCUGAUUGUAGCACCUAAUUAUCAUCUUGGUUGGCUGGCAGGCUGGUUCAGCUAAGGGCUCAUAGUCCUUGUUGAAAUCAUAAAUUAACAUUAGACAUGUUAACUACAUCGUGAGUCGUAAUUAUACGGGAUCAACAGUAUAAAAAAUGUAUUUUCCGAGUUAUAUCGAAAAAACUGUACUUAAGGGAUACACAUAAAGUUUGGAGAGAAAUAUGAGAAGAAGCCAAAGCAAGAUGGGUUUGCCACGAGUUUGAAUUCAAGUAGGACUAGGGCAAGUUUCUUGUUUCUUGUUUCUCAAAGGAUACACCUUUUUCCCGAGGGUGGAUGUAUAGUUUCUUAAUUGUGUAGACGUGUAGUAAUUUCUAUUUAACCUUAAUCUUAUAAUCCAUCAUUUUACCAGAUAA